GUUGCCUCAUCAUCAGAUUUUUUAUUUAAAUUAGCAGUGUUCAGUUACAAAGUGUUACACUGGAAUCUAAGCAACUUGACGGCAUUACUAAAUCUAACUAGCACAAGAUACCUGAAGAUGCUGCAUGUUUACACGUUAGAUAUGUCACGUUAUAUGAAAAUUACUCCCAAGAGAGUACGUUAUGUAAAAGACCACGAAAGAAAAUUAUAUAGUUGUUUACUCGAAAUAACUAGUGAAAAGGAGAAGGAGUUUAAUGAAGCCAUAAACGAAGCUGUACAAGGAUGGUCUAGUAGUAUAGUUGAAAAAGUCAUCAAUGUAGAAAUACCCAACGAUUUCCUUAAUAAAGAUAAUAAACCAAAGACUUGGGUGCAAUUACAACAUAUAACAAAGUUUGUGGAAAAGAUUGUAUAUGAUGAGCUUUAUAAGAAAAUAUCCUCAAAAAUUGUAGCAUCAAUCAAACUACUGCAAGAAUCUUUUACUGGAACAUUAAAACGUUGCGUAGAACACUUAGAAGUAAAUAAUAAUAAUCAACCUGCAGACCAUGAAGUAAUCCGAGCUAGCCGAGCACUAAAGGAAUUCUUGGAUGUAGCAUAUGAGGUCGACAUGCCGGUAUCCCAUACUACAUCCAUUAUUAAAGUCGUAUUGGAUGAAAUCAAAUCUACUUUUAAGUCUAUCAGAAGAGGUGAUUUACCGGUAAUUGAUAAGAAAUGGAAAAGUAACAUUGCGUUAGAAGCCUUACAAUCAAUCAAUAUAUCGCAAUUCACCAAACAAGCUUCCAACCAUUUAAAGCAAAGAAUUAAGAAAUCGCAUGAGACUUUCACCGCCGCGUUAACUAUGUUGGAAAAUCGGCACAGAACCAGAAUAACUACCACCGAGGAAAGAUUAUCCGAGGUUCGGACCUAUUAUGCGCCUACGCUAGCGCGUCUUUCUUUGACUAGCACUUCCUUAUACCAUCUGUGUAAGUACGGGAUUCCGCAGCGUGGUAGAGAAUUAGGUAGAGGACAAUAUGGAGUUGUAUAUGCCGUACAAGGAUCAUGGGCUGGUCAUGCACGAUGCUGUUUGAAGUCCGUAGUACCCCCAGAUGACAGACACUUCAAUGAUUUAGCCUUGGAAUUUCACUAUGCAAGAAAUCUACCACAUCACGAAAGAAUAGUGAGCUUCUAUGGUUCUGUUAUUGAUGGCUCAUAUAGCUCCCACAAGGUUGCUGUAUGUUUAGUAAUUGAAAGAUUGCAUCGAGAUUUACAUAGCGGAAUAAGGCGAGGAUUGACAAUAGAUCAACGUUUGCAGGUAGCUGUUGAUGUAAUUAGUGGUAUUCGAUUUCUUCAUAGCCAAGGAUUAAUUCAUCGUGAUAUAAAAUUAAAAAAUGUUUUGCUAGAUAAAUCGAACAGAGCUAAAAUUAGCGAUCUAGGAUUUUGCAAACCUGAAUCCAUGAUAAAUGGCAGUAUAGUUGGUACCCCUAUUCAUAUGGCUCCGGAAGUAUUUGAUGGAAAAUAUGAAAGUAGUGUCGACAUAUAUGCGUUUGGUAUCUUAUUCUGGUACCUAUGUGCUGGUAAGGUAACUCUACCUGAUGCAUACAACAACUUCAAAAGGAAAACGGACUUAUGGCGAUUUGUUGCAUCUGGUGGUCGUCCUGAAAAGUUACAGUUCUUUAGUGAUGAUUGCUGGAAUCUUAUGACGCUCUGUUGGUCAGAAAAACAAGAGCAUCGCCCACUUCCAGGCGUAGUUGCGAAGAAAUUGGAUGAAAUUGUUUCCAACAAAUGA